AAAAUUAGAUUUAAAUAUACACUUUAUAAGUCUUCCCUUCUGACACACGUAAUGAGAUCGCUAGUAGCAACAUGCUUAGCAAAACAAAUUUUAACUGAUUUAAAAAGUUAGUAUUUAAUAUGAAAUUGAACGGUAUUAGUACAGCUUUCAACGGAUUAGAUCACGUGAUUUCGGCUGCUAGAUUUUAAAUCUUAAGAUCAUUUUAACGUCAGAGGAAUUUUGAGAUGGGAAAUUAUUGUCAAACCUAAAAUCGUGACACAAUCUUAUUGAUUCGAUUGAUGUUCUGAUAAAGUGUCAUUAAAGGAUAACUCAGAACAGGUGAAAUAGGUGGAAAACAGUUUAACCAUGAGUGGGAUGUAUUACAAACGUGAGGUGAUGCCACCACCGCCAGUUACCUAUGGAUACCGAAAAAUUGCUUCAAGGCAAGAGGAACAUGACAUCACUAACAGACUCAUCAGAUCCACUUAUGAACGCAAAAUAUGGUCUGAAGAAUCCAAGCAAGUGUCGAACUACCAGUAUUUAAUCGAAAACGGAAACAGACGACGUCCUCCUUCAUCGUGUACACGAACACCGACGCCUUCAAAUACUAAACGAUACGACUCGAAACGCCUGUCAGAACGUGAUAUGAUCCGAAUGCUCCGAAGACUACUUAAACCCACUGAGAGUAUGUACAACGCUCAGAUAACUGCAAAGAAAGAGGAGGAACAAGAAUUAAAGGAGGGACGAAUUUGUCGAUCAAAAACUCCGAGUGAAGCCGAAGAGAAGAUACUUCGAAGGGUGCAGCGUCCAACAACCGCUUCUCGCGCCAAAAAAAUAAACGACUGUCAUCUUUGUUAUGAACAUGAAAACAAAACAGAAAAUUCGCCUCCCGAUGCAUUCGAUUAUGAAUAUGGGAAUGAUAGUCGAAUUCUAAAACAUGACGAUGUAAAUGAACUCGUGAGACGUGUACGCACGCCAACAUAUUCUUCUGUCGACAAACGGAGAUGUGGCGAUGAACGAAAAUGUCCGAAAACUCCCGUGCAAAUAGACGAAGUGAAAAUACGAGCACAGUUACCGUUAGUGAGUGGACUUUCACGGACAAAGAAUGUGGAGGAUAUUGUUAAUAGAUUAUAUCCCAAACCUAAAUAUAGAAUUGUCCCAUCAGCUACUCCGUAUACAACUUAUACUUCGGAACCUAUAGAAUGAUAAUGAGGCUGAUUUAUUUAUAGAUAUUAAUCCAUUAGAAUAUCCUACCAAACUUGCUCAUAGACAUGGUGCAAUGUGUUACUUCUUAUUGCUUUUUUGCAUAAUGGUAAUUUUAACGUUGUUAAACACUGGACUGUAAUGCAUUUAAUUUAAGACUUUAAACGUUAAAUGUGUAUGUUUAUUUCAGGCUCAUUAUAUAAGGUUAAAUCAUAAAGUUUAUAGCCUGUUAAAAGUCCUUGUCAUAAGAAUUAAUAGUAGAAUAUUUUGGGGGAUACUCAUUUUGGCUUUUUGGUCGGCGUUGAUUGUUAUGAACGAUCUAACUACCGUUUAAGUUGUGGUCCUAAAUAUUGUUGUUUAGUUGUGACGUGGGGUUGCUGUCUCAGCUCAUUGUCGUAUUCCAGACUAUUUGUUUAUUUAUUUUCAGAGAAUGUUUUUUUUUGCAAUGGCAUUUAACAUAUAUGUCGUAUUUAAUGAUAGAAACAAACUUUUAUAUUCAUGACAAUAUGUAUGCCAUGAAAAUUAAUGAAUGCAAAUAAAACUACAGAAAUAUU